AUGGCGACCUUGUUAGGCGCUGGCUAUGAGUCCAGUGACGACGACGUCACUGUUCCCAAGCCUUCAGUGACGCCCGCCACGACGGUCGUCGCGGCACCUGAAGUCAAUACAGAGGACCAGGCACAUAUGCAGAUGACCCUCGCUAACACCUCGUCGCAAGCUCUCACGUACAAUGCCACAUACGAUGAUUUAAUGCGUCCGUCGCAGGGUCCUGUGAACCCAUUCAAACCCGUCGAGGCAGGAAAUGGAAUCAAGCGCAAGAAUGUUCCCACUGGAUUUGCGGAGGAAGCCGCCAUCAGCGAGUCGACAUUCGCCGCGCAACAUCGGACGUUCCAGAGUCUCGGCUAUUCACGCAACCCUACUCUACCAGACCAGUUUGUUGGAAAUAUGGACAAGGUUGCGCAGUUCGGAGGUCGUGAUGUUGUGCAGAUGAAGCCUACCAAGUCAGCUUCAGCAGCGUGGCGUGCAAAGCGUCAAAAGAAAGGCGACUCGAGCAUUGUGGAGGGUGAAGGAGCAUACCUUGGGCCCUGGGCAAAAUAUCAAAACCAGGAGCAAUACGACGACAUCGAGGUUGGUUCGGGCGAGGAACGUGAGCUUGCGAGCGAUGAGGAAUACGUGGAUGAAGAAGACGAGACUCUGGUCCCCUCAGCGCCCAUGCCGGCCAUGAGCAAGGAGGCCACCGACUACCAAGGCGAUACUUCCAAGGUGGAAACUACUGAAUUCCAUGGCUCAGAGCAAUUCGACUACCAGGGCCGUACCUACAUGCACGUGCCUCAGGACCUGGACAUCGACUUGCGCAAAGAAGUCGGCAGCAUCAAGAACUAUGUUCCCAAGAAGCUGGUGCACACGUGGAAGUCGCACACAAAACCUAUCACCUCUCUUCGUUUCUUCCCCAACUCGGGUCACUUGCUGCUUUCCGCGGCUGCAGAUGGAAAGGCCAAGAUUUGGGACGUCUACCACUCCCGCGAGCUGCUGCGGACUUUCUCGGGCCAUUCCAAGGCCAUCACCGAUACCGACUUCCACCCUUCAGGCAAGACAUUCCUCACUGGAUCAUAUGACCGACAAAUCAAGCUCUGGGAUACCGAGUACGGAAAGUGCCUGGGCCGGUUCUCAACGGGCAAGACUCCGCACGUCGUGCGCUUCAAUCCCGGCGCCGAGCACUCCCAUGAGUUCCUGGCCGGUAUGUCCGACAAGAAGAUCGUUCAGUUCGACACCCGCUCCGGGGAACUGGUCCAAGAAUACGACCAUCACUUGGCGGCGAUCAACACCAUCACCUUCGUGGACAACAACCGCCGCUUCAUCUCAACCUCUGACGACAAGUCCCUGCGCGCCUGGGAGUACGGCAUCCCCGUGCCCAUCAAGUUCAUUGCCGAACCGUACAUGUUCGCUCUCACCCGGGCAACUCCCCACCCUAACGGCAAAUACGUGGCCUUCCAGUCCGGCGACAACCAGAUCGUCGUGUACGGCGCCACCGACAAGUUCCGCCAGAACCGGAAGAAGAGCUUCCGCGGCCACAACAAUGCCGGCUACGGUAUUGACAUCAAGGUCUCGCCGGAUGGCCAGUUCCUGGUCUCCGGUGACAGUGGCGGCUAUGCCUGUUUCUGGGACUGGAAGACUGGCAAGAUGUAUCAUAAGAUCCUGGCUGGCGGUAAAGAGGGCGGCGCGAUCACCUGCCUGGACUGGCAUCCUCAGGAAACGAGCAAAGUGGUGACUGGCGGCCUAGAAGGCGUUAUCAAAUACUGGGACUAA